AUGAAAUGGUAUGUACAAUGCAAUGUCGCGGUCAGGAGAGGGCAGGCGGCCGUCAGGGACACUCUAUUCGACUGGGUCUGUGCAGCUCGGUCGAGCUUGCUCUUGUUCUUCUUCCACCUCUUCAUCCUCGAAGUGAGUGUGGCUCCCUUGUCCUUGGUGGAGCUCUGCUCACUCGAAGCGGUUGUAAGGAGUCCAGUGGCUCUGAGGGAAGUCUUGGUAGGGCGCUGGAUCGUACUCGAAUCCAGGGUUCUGGAACAGAGGCUCCUCCAUGUCAACUCGACCCUCAGCUCGGUCGAGUUCACUGAUCGGGUUGGAGCGUCGGCUCUUGGAAGUCUUCCUCUGCCUCUGCGUGUUGUCUCCUCCUUCCCUAGUCUCGAAUGA